UGGCUUCCUGAAGCCUUCUCAGCCCUCAAACAGACAGACAGACAGCUGGCAGGAGGCAGCCUGGGGGGACACAGCCACUCCAAUGGUUACCGUGGCUGAGUGAGCCUGCUCUGGGCCCUUGCCUUGGCCCCCUGAGCCCCAGCCCAGCAUGGUCCAGGCCUGGGAGGAGUGUUCCCGAGCUCAGCAGACAGCUCUGCCACAAGGGGCAAGCAUGGCCCAGCCUCCUGCCCCAGGCUCUACCGCCAAGAAGCACAUCAGACUGCAGGAGAGGUCAUUAUUCCAUAAGAUUCCUGACCUCCAUAAUUUUUUUUUUCUCUCAGAUCCCCAGAGCCGUGUCUGUCUUGGGCGGGCACAGAGCCAGGAGGAUGGGGAUUACAUUAACGCCAACUACAUCCGAGGCUAUGAUGGCCGGGAGAAAGUUUACAUUGCAACCCAGGGCCCCAUGCGUAAUACUGUGUCUGACUUCUGGGAAAUGGUGUGGCAAGAGGAGGUGCCCCUCAUCAUCAUGCUCACCCAGCUCCAAGAGGGCAAAGAGAAAUGUGUUCACUAUUGGCCGACAGAGGAGGAAAGCUAUGGGCCAUUCCAGAUACGGGUCCAGGAUGUGAAAGAACGCCCAGAAUAUAUUGUCCGGCACCUUACUAUUCAGUACCAGGAGGAGCGUCGUUCAGUAAAACACAUCUUCUUCUCUGCGUGGCCUGAUCAUCAGACCCCAGAGUCAGCCGGGCCCCUCUUACGCCUGAUGGAUGAGAUCGAGGAGAGCCCAGACACAGCAGCCAAAUCUGGGCCCAUCGUGGUCCACUGCAGUGCUGGGAUCGGCCGGACUGGCUGCUUCAUUGCCACACGGAUUGGCUGUCAACAGCUCAAGGCUCGGGGAGAAGUAGACAUCCUGGGCAUUGUUUGCCAGCUUCGGUUGGACAGGGGGGGCAUGAUCCAGACCAGUGAGCAAUACCAGUUCCUGCACCACACCCUGGCCCUGUAUGCUGCCCAGCUGCCUGAGGAACCAAACCCAUGACCUUCUGGGACUUGGCUGAAGAGAUGGCAUAGGUCAUACAGCAUCCAGCCUGGACCCAGCCAGAGAGGGGGAACCACUCUCCUUAUAGGUCUAGAACUUUGCCCUCUCCCUCUGUCACACUCGUCCCUCAGGUCUCUGAUCCCAGAGCUGGGCAUUGUUCCCUCUGUGCCCCGAGUUUUCACUCUCUUUUCAUGUCCCUGGGAAGGACCUGGUAUCCCAGAUCACUAACUCACCGACUGGCAGAUGGAGGAAUGGGGGAAUUGUAUUAGAAGGAAGGCCAGUCCUCGGACCAGAGUGCAGAGCUGAUCCUCCUUCUGCAACAAGGAAUAGCUGAGUUGGAAAAGAUAAAACCAGAGAUACCAGGACUUUUUAUCUUACCUUCUUCUCUAGUCCUCAGUUUCUCAAAGUGGACAGAAAGGACAUUAUGUCUAUGUUUGUAUGCCUAAUUCUCGAGCCCAUAGCCUGCUUCGAGCUUAAUGAUUUGAGUUGCCAAUUGCAGCAAGCCUGAAGGGAAAACCCCAAGUGGUCCCACAUUCUCUGGCAUACCAUGAAUGUACCCAAAUUUCCUCGUCUACAUCAUGGGGGCAAAGCUUCCAGGGACCUCUGAUCAUGGAGCCUGUGUUUGGAGAUCCUAAGAACAAAAGGAGCUUGGGGAAAGUCCUGGCAACUAUUUUUGCCUCAUUCCCCUUCCUGGGCACUGGAAAAUAUUUCUGGACUAUCCCUCCACCCACUCCUUUUGGGAAACUUUGUAACACAAAGAAGUCCUAUACCAAACCACCCAUGCAGCACUUAGCACAUAGAAUGCCAAACAGCCCUGAGAUGCUCGUGAUGUUCUUUUUAGGCUAGACCCUCCUAUAGCUUUCCAAAGUCCUAGAGAUGCUUCCUUCUUCUCCCCAUCAACCAGUCUGUGGACACUGGAGAUUCCCUGUAAAGGGAAUCUUUAGUCUUUACUAAAGAACCCAAUUCUCUUCUGCCUUCCCACCUUGGAUUCUGGGACCACAAAUGGAGAAAUGGCCCGGGCCACAUGGCAUCCAGCCUAAAACCAUCUUGGGGGUGAAGGGGAAGUAGGGGGAAGAAGGGAGGGAGGAAGGCAAAGAUAAAUGAAAUGUCUGCAGAGGUAUCCUCCCCCUCUCUGACACCCUUCAUACCUGCCAUUCACCGGUUAAAUUUCUCUAGGAUAAUCCCACCGAUAAGCUGUAAGCCCCAAAAUAUCCAGUCCAAUAAAGCAAUAAAGUAAUAA